UCCAUCAGCUGGAGAUCUUUAGCCUGGUAUGGAUAAUGCAUAGUAUAAAGCUAGGUUCAUGAUCUUCCGUAUUACUGAAUAAAGUAGUCCAACUUUCUUAUAAGAACGAACAUUGUACCAGAACAGGAACCUUCUCGAUCCAGCUAAAUGAAUCAGCAGAACCAUGGGAUUCCGGAAAUUAACAGUCUGGGACACCUCGUUUGUUCCGGCAGUUCAUGGGGGAGAUGCUCAUUUGAUAAGAAGAAAAUCACUGCAGAAAAGUCGUUUCGCAGUUGCCAAAUUGAGGUACUUCAGUUAUUAACUCAUUUGCAAUUAUAAACCCCAUAGGAGCAGAAAAGAGCAUUACUUAGCGAAAGUAGAUAGAAAGUGACUUCGUAACUUCAACUGAUUCCAUCGAACAUCAUCAACAUUAAACCUAGUUCGUUACUCGCUCGAAAGUGGAGUGCAGAGAUGGGGAUCCAGCUAGUUGCUCUUAGAUUCUUGCUACAAGCUGGCCCUGUUUAUCGUGAAUCGGAAAACUCGGUCGUGGUCGAUGUCGUUCCUUCGUCUCCUUGUCGUGUGCGCGUGUCUGUUUCAACUAUCGAAGUGGGCCUUUUUCUUUGGUGUUCAGUAGCUCAAAGCCUGCUCCUCUCGUCGCCGAUGCGUGUCCGGGCGCAUUCCUCAGUUGCUACUUAGUUCUCCCUCCUUGUUUAUUGUGCGCUGUUCGUCUGCAUUUUCAGCCUCAGGCUCAGACCUUGCUUUAUCUUCUACGACUAACUUUAAUUCUGGAACUAGUGUUGAUUCUGGUGCGAGUAACCUGCUG